AUGUAUCAGUGCAUCACCAAGUACCACCACAGACCCACUGAUGCCCUGAACCAGGUCUGGGAGGAGAUUCCCCCAGACCCAGAUGUUGUUGGGAUGAGACUGCCACAGCCCAGCAUCUCCCUGACGUCUUCUAAUGGAGGGCUGGUCCUGAGUCCUGCAGAGGUCACCAGGGGUUACAGCUUUGUCAUCACCUGCUCCAUAAACUGCAGCUAUCCUGAAGGCCGUUUCUUUCUCAUCUUCUCUGGCUCCAACAUCAACAAGUCAUCAGUCAACCACUCAGCCUCCUUUGACUUCCCUGUAGCAGAGUAUGAACACCAGGGCAGCUACAGCUGUGUGUACGAAGUCACAUUGUCUGCACGGAGAUUCAAUUCCACUGAGACAACACCAAUUGUUGUCAUUGUUAAAGUGCCUCUGUCGCAUCUGGUCUCCUCAGUAGCUGGCGGGUGUCUGUUGCUGCUCCUGCUGGUCUUGUUGGUGGUCUGGCUCUUCUGCACGAGAAGACGAAGAGCCAAGCAGCCUGAAGCCCACGUCCAAACUCCAAUGACUGACAACAACCAUUAUGAGGAUGAUGAUAAUGAGGAGAACUAUGAUGAUGAAGACAAGGGGGACUAUGUGAACAUAGAGCUACUGGAUACCAACAGAAAACAGGGAGAGGAAGUAGAAGGAAUGGAAGAAGAAGAAAAUGAGGAUUAUGAGAAUAUGACUACUGAAGACAUUUAUAUAGAAGCUGUGGACACUUUUGCUAUUGUACAAAACAACAGAGAACAAGAAGAUGAAGAAGAACCCAGCGAUGAUGAACAGGACUAUGUAAAUGUAUCCCCAGACAUUUAUUUAUCCAACUGAUGACAUUUACAAAAAUAUUAGGAUAGAAUAGAACUUUAUAAUUGUCACUGUACAUUGUUAAAUGCAAUUGAAAAUAACAGUGAAUCACUGGUUAUUAUGGAUA